CUCUCUGACCUCAUCAACCUCUCUGAAUAAUAAUAAAUAAAUAAAAAUAAUUAUCUGUAUCUAUAUAUAUAAGUUCAUCCAUUUUAUUUCACUAUCAAAACACUAAUCAGAUGUCUAUUGCCUUUGAAACUAAUAAUAGUAGUAGUAAUACUACUGCAGAUAGUAAUCGGAUCCAAUCGCUUCACGGCGGCAUGUGUAUUUAUAACUUACCGGAAUCCAAUAGAUUCGUCGGUACCGGAUGGAGCAACAGAUUGCCGGCCGUUAAAGAGGAAGAAGGUUCCUCCAGCUCUUCCUCCAUCGGAAACAACAGUGACGCCGGCGGUGAUUCCGACGGCGAAGAAGUCAAUGGACCGGUCAACCGUUUAAAUGAUUUGGAGCAAGUUUUGCCUAUCAAGAGGGGGAUAUCGGCGUUUUAUGCGGGGAAAUCGAAGUCUUAUGGAAGCCUAUCGGAUGCAGUUUCUGUUCCGUCGAUUCAGGAGAUUGUUAAGCCAGAGGAUGCUUACAGUAGAAAGCGUAAGAACAUGAUUGCACAUUCUGUUCUUUUGGAGAAGCUUCGUAAAUCAAGUUGUGACAGUGGGGUAUCGAAGAGGCCUGCCCGAAACGGGGAAAGCUCGAGUUUGAGUAAAGCGAAAGUGGGUGUUUCUCUUCCACCAUUGCCGAGGAACUGUAGACGACUAUCGAGUAAAGAAUCUUUAGAUACGACUCCUAGACUCUCGUAUAGUUCCCCUUGGAGAUCGUUGUCUCUUUCAGAUUUGCAGCAUGCUUCUGCUGUAACUUCGGGUAUCACUGGCUUGGUGAAUAAAAGAGAUAUGGAGGACCAACACUAAAUGUAGCUUGUUUUCUUUGUCGGCUAUAUGAGGAUAGUAUCUAAAAACUAGUUAGUUCUGGUGUAGGUUCUCUGUAAGCCGUCUAUGUUUUUACCAUUUCUAGAAAUCAUAGGAUGUCAAAGAGGCUGUAGUUAUCCCUUUGUAUCCAGUUGUUGAUAAGUAUGAUGAAGAAAUGCUCUCUUUUUAUCUUAUUUAGCUCCAAAGGUUCACACUUGUUACCAAUGCACCGAUAUUUUUUCAGAUCUGUGUUACCGUGCAACAAAGUCUAAAGAGUAGUAUAUCACGAGCCUAACCUCUUAUGCUAGAGCUUUAAGUGAGGUUCCUGAGCUGGCAAGGUCUUUGUAUCCCAUUCUCCAAAUGGUUACUGCACUCGGUGACAAUAUUAGUCCUCCUGAGCUUGACGUCUGUGCCUAUUAUAAGGAGCUAUUUUUUCCCCCAUCAGUUGAAGUAUUCGGGAAGAUUUAUGCCUGAAACAAUCCGAGUAAACAGGAGCCCAUUCUGUUUACGAUACCCAAGGGAAACACAUCAACCUAAGUUAUAUUGCAAGACUGGCUGGCAGUAUGCAUGUGAAAGGGGACUUCAAAACUCUUUUAAUGGUGUACUAGACUAUUUGAGACUGUAAGCUGCACUGUUACUGUUUAGGUGAUUGUUGUAUAGCGCCAAUGUUAUAUUAUUUGAGGACUUAAUAAUCUAGUCCGAUACUCCGUAUACAUUCUUCUAACUAAAGUGAAGUUGUAUAUCAGUUAUGCUGUCGCAUCAUUUAUAUUUGUAUAUGUAUGGUACCGAUAUUAUUCAUUUAUGGCAAUUAAUAAACAGAUUAUGCUUUGCCUUUUCAA